ACGGGUUAGAAUUAUCGCACGACCCCUGACGGAACCUUGAAUUUAUUGAAAGCUGCAUCUGCAUGAAAUCAAAACAUCAAUGAUACGUUGUUUCGUAUCUAAUUCGUGAACACUUCUAAUCAGAUCAAAACUGAGAAAAUCAAAACAAGCCAUGGCUACUCCUGCUCAAUUAGAGGAAAAGGCUCGACAGGAUCGUCCAGAAGCUCCGACAAUAAGGUAUCAUCAUACCCCGCCCCCGCUACCACCACGAGGAGAGUCUGUCCAGGCCCCUCCACCAUACACAGAUGAUGAUGCGAAGAGGAACGAAUUAAUCUCAAAGCAAUGGCAUUCAAAUGACCCAAGAUCAUCUUCUACACAUUCUUUGGUUCCUUCAGAAUCUAAUCGAGAUGGCCGUCGUAAACUGUUACUCAUUUAUAUUCAUGGCUUCCUGGGCAACGAAACCAGUUUCCAAAGUUUUCCUGCUCACGUUCACAAUCUUCUAACGAUCACGCUCCAAGCAACGCAUAUUAUCCAUACAAAAAUUUAUCCUAGAUAUAAGUCCAGAAAAGCCAUCAACUUUGCUCGGGAUGAUUUUAGCAAUUGGUAAGCCCCUCCCCUACCAUCAUCACUCAUUACCAGCUAAAGAUGGUGCCAGGCUGGAGCCCCAUGAAGAUUCUUUGACCGACAUUAUUCUACUAGGCCAUAGUAUGGGAGGGAUUCUAUCUUCGGAGGUCGUCCUCCAACCUCCAUCUCCUCCAGCAAAUCGUCCCUUUCGCCAUAGGAUAUUGGGAACAGUUAGCUUUGAUACUCCAUUUCUAGGUAUGCAUCCUGGAGUUGUGCUCAGUGGAAUUGGAAGUCUUUUUAGACCAGCGCCAGAUCCUCCAAGCUCAAGAACAGGGUCAUUAUCGCCCACCGGGGCAAGUUCGCCGUCGAUAAACGGCCUCGCAUCUACAGCAAGCCUCACAGACGCACUCUCAGGCUCGAAUACUAUGUAUCAAGAAAUUGAUGGGCAAAGCAUGACAUCUCUAGCUACGCUACCAUCAAACGAUAAAUAUUACAAUGCCCCUUUCUUCAACGAUAUCAGAAUACCAGAGCGAAAAGGAUUUGACAACUUCUUACAUUUCGUUAACAAGCAUGCUGAGGGUGUUGGGAUAACAGCAAAGUUAGGUGGUUUGACUUCUGCAACGUCACAGUAUUUUGUAUCGCAUCUGGAGUUUGGUAGUUGUCUUGCAGAUUAUCCUGGCUUGAUGAAUCGUUAUUCCAAAAUACGUGCUUUGGAAGAUGUUGAUGAACUUGCUGGGGGAAGCAAUUUUGUCAAUCAAAACCAAAAAUCCCGGAGAAGAUUCAUCAAUUAUUACACUGCAAGUACUGGUCGGCCCAAGAAGCCACGAAAUUCUGCCGUUGAAGAAUCCCUUCAUGAUAACGUUGCGUUGGAGGCAGGAAUGAGUAAUUUGAGCCUAGAUCAUUCCGAAACUCAGGCCUCAACAUCAGAGGAGAAUCAAACUAUGACGGAUACUAACCUUGAUUCAGCCAACGGUAUACAUAUGCAGCAGGUUGAGGAACAGAUGCAAGAGUUAGGUGACAGUUCAGGAGUUCAGGAAGAUGCUCCACGAUCACCAGAAUUGCGACAGGUUGAUUCAAUUCCCAUUGAAGAAGACGAACCACUACCUAUAGCAGGUCUACCACAUGGAGAGGAAACAGAGAACUCAGAUACUACUACACAAAAAGCACCCACCGAACCUCCCCUCCCUCCUAUUCCCGAUACGCCCACAGAACCACAACCAAUGAACCUUGAUCUUUAUACAGACAAAGACUCUCGGAAAGUCGCAGAAAAAGAACACAAACGCAUUGUGAAGGCUUACAGUCAAGCCUUGAAGGAUCGAGAAAGUGCUCUCAAAGAUCGUCGCAAAUUGAUGGAGAAAAGAGAAAAGAAAGCACGAAAAGAUCAGGAGAAACAAUUGAAAGCUCAAGACAAGCAAAGAUUAAAGGAAGAAAGAGGAGAGGAAAAGCGACAGGCCACAUUGAAUUCCAAAUCCCCCAAAGGGAAAGAGAACGCCCCGAAGGCGGAGCAGAAGAUAGAGAAGCCAAAAAAGGACAAGAAGUUUUGUAUGCUGCCUCCGGAGUCUGGAGGACAGGAGGAUGCCUGCUGGACCCGAAUUUAUAUGGAAGGGGUAGAUGAAAUUGGGGCACAUUGUGGUCUUUUUUUUCCAGGGCCACAAUAUGAAAGCUUGGUUGGAGAUGUAGGUGAAAGGAUUGAGACAUGGGUAAAGGAAGAUGCAGCGAAGAGAGCAGUCCUCUCUGGACGAUAAGUUUUACGAGACGGAUGUGAUGUUUAUUCUUUUAUUGACGAGGCAACCACAUUUAUGAAGAUACCCUAGUCAACAUGGCAAUUGCUCAUAUAAAACUUAUGAAUGUUCAAGCAGCGUUUGUUACAUUUAGGCCGAAAUAUUCUCCUAUUUAGC